AUGUUCAACUAUAACAAGCUCAGAGAAACUGAACUUAAUCACAAAGCUAAUUGCAGAGCUUGGACGCAUUUCCGCCCUUUGGAAGAAUGGAAGACUGACGUUGAUGAAAUAGUUGAGCUAUUUACCAACUCUCAAUCGCCUGUCAACUUCGUAGCUUGGUUGGCUUCAAGGUAUAUCGGCGAACCUGACCAUGUUUUACAUACGCAUGGCUUUUACAACGGCGAGUAUGAAGCAAUGAUGCGGAAGCUGGACAUUCUUUUUGGCUACUUUGCAGAAAGGAUGAAAGCGAGUGGUCUCGAAGACAAAGUGAAUAUUAUUUUCACGGCAGACCAUGGACACACUCAGGUAAGGAAAGCAGUUCAGAAAAAAGCUGUACCUCUUGAUUCUAAUCCUUACGAAGCUGGCUUCCCAGGUUUCCAGCCGUUUCGGACCAGGUUCACCGUGCUUGACUUUUCAUGUAGCAAAAGCUGUCCUUCCUUUGAUUCCGACACGUUUCGGGUUCGCAACCGUCCUUACCCGUAUCUUUGACC